AUGUCACCAUUCACAGGUAAAAGCUUCACACUGACCAUUGCUGUGUUUACGAACCCCCCACAAAUUGCAUUGUAUCAGAAAGCAAUAAAAGUCACUGUGGAUGGACCAAGAGAACCGAGAAGUAAGACAAGUAAGUUUUUUUUACAUACCUUAGAUCAGGCUGAACAAUUUAAAAAAAUAAAUGUAAUAAAGUAUGGAAAGGGAAAAUGUCAGUACAAUUGUGGCUCUCCGUCUCAUCAAGUCUUAUUGAUUUAAUUUUUGAAUUUUUUUAGAUUUUUUUUUUGUGCCAAUUAUACAGAUGCUGUUGUAAAAGGCUCUGUCAUAUUUCAAAUAUUAACUCUCAGAAAUUUAACAAACAUUAUUCUUUUUUUAAGAGCUACACGCUGAUGAGCGUCAUGUUCACCGACCUAGUCCAUUGGAUAUCUCCUUGAAGAGAAAUAUUAUACCAGAUCCUCUUCGAGAGCGCCAGCUAUCACAUUUUGCUGAUCUUGAUUGUUUGAGGCAGCAGCAGCAGCCAAAGAAUUUACCCCACCUUGAGCAUCAGAAUCAAUUGGAUGAGCUUAGCAGGCGCUUUAUUGAUCAUCAGCAUUUACCCUCUAAUCAAAUAAAAAAGUCUGAUAGAAACACGAAGCCACAGGGCUCUGAAGUAACCGACAGUGAGAGGAGUGAGGAUAUUACAUUUAUUAGUAAGCAGAAAAGAUUUUUGUGCUUGAGGAAUACUUUAAAUGUCUUACUUUUAAAUUGUUUUAGUUUAAAAUUUAUCAUAAUCAUUAAAUUGUAUUAGUUUAAAAUUUAUCAUAAUCAGACGGUUUAUGCUGUUAUGCAGUGGUUCCCAAACGCUUAAGUUUAGCGGACCGGUGAACAAGUUUCGAAAUUUUACCAGGGACCGGUGCAUGAUUUAUUUUUAUACUUUUAUUUCUAUUGGACAAUAAAUAUUUAUGUUAUGGGGACUGGCAGUGUUAGGAAUGCGGACCGGUGAAGGUCCACUGACUGCCAUUUGGGGACCACUGCUGUAAUGUACAAUGUAAGCAAAACGCAUUUUCAUUUAUGUAGAUCAGGCCUGCACCCACUUUGCGGCCCGCAAAGUAACGAAAUAUUAUUUUUUAUUUUCUUCUUUUUCUUCUUCUUAUAUUUGAGGGGCCCACGAUCAAUUUGUUGAUCAUUCUGGCUCCUGGUUUAAAUUCAGAGUUUGCCUUCUCUUAGAUUCUUAGAUGGGUUGCCUUCCAAGGUUAAAGAGUCCCAUCCACCCGAUGGACUAUUAUGGUGUCCUUAAUAACUUUCCCCCCUGCCUUAUUCUUUUUGGGCCCGCACAAUUUUUUUAAUAAAGUACUCCGAACCGCCUUACAUUUUGAGUUGUGCAGGCCUGAUGUAGAUCAAUGAAAGGAUCUUAUCUUAUUUAACUGUUAGAUUCAAAUAUAUUUUUUUUCAAAUCACUAUUUAAGCUAAGUUAAUGAUUUAAUAAUUAAUCCCUGAAAAUUCUAUGCUUUCUAAAUUCUAUAUCCUUAUAUGUGUUCAGGUAAACAAUCAUGGGAUUAUAAUACACUUAGGUGUAAUAGUGACACAGCCCUUAAGGAAGUAACAAGCAGC